UAGGGACUGAACUGAAAGGCCUGAUUUUAUUUAUAAUAUACCGAGACUGAUAUCCACUUCGCGGGCUUGGUUUCGUUUAUAAUAUACUUGGACGGAUGUCCACCUCGCGGGCCUGAUUUCUAUAUAAUUCACCGCGACGCGACGCCCGCGCCAUCAGACCUGAGUUCUCCACGAUCAUUUACAACGACUGCGACGGACGCCUGUGAUUUGUCUACCAUUAUUUACAACCACUGCGACGAGACGCCUAGGAAUUCUCUCCGAUCCAUUUAAAGCCACUACGACGACAUGUCCACCUCUUCAGCCCCUAUGGGCGUCCCGCCUGCUAUAUUCGGCGGGAUCCCUUCACGUCAGGUUGAUAUUCCCAUCAGCGCAGUUAUCAUCGCAUGCUACCUUGCCAUCGGCGCCACACACAUGACCAUAUUCCAGAAGAAUCGAAGAGCAGGGAGGAAGUUCACGCCGAGCGCGCUUUGCUUUGGAUUCAGCAUGUCGAGAGUGGCAACAUUUACCAUGCGGAUUGUAUGGGCGACGAGGCCGAGCAACCCAGAUGUGACGAUUGCCGCCAACGCGCUGGUUGCUGCCGGGGUGAUCUUGCUGUGGUGCAUUAAUCGCGUCUUCGCAACGAGGCUGCUCGGUGAAUAUCAUCCACGGCUGUACUCGAAACCCGUCUUCGAAUUUGCCUUGCGCCGGCUCCCAUAUGUCAUCAUUAUAUGCUGCGUUCCUAUGGUCCUCGUCGCCAUGGUGCUGCAGUUUAAGACGACGAAUCCGCAUAUCCGCGUUGUUACGGGGAUCCUCCUCAAAGUUGUCAUUUCGUUCUUCGUCGCCUUUACCUUUUCGCCGUUCCUCGUGCUCGCCAUUACAAUGCUGCUCCCGGCAGAGGUUGAGGGAACGGGAAAAACGAGCACGAAGGUGGCCGUCAUCGUUGUCGCCACGACGUUGCUGUGUUGGGAGCUUGGGAUGAGAACCGCGACGAUGUUACAGCAUCUUCCUGCGAACGCCGCGCCAUGGUAUGUUUUCGCGAUGGGGGUUGAACUCGCUGAUUUUGUACAGGUAUUAUAGCAAGCCUGCAUUUUACGUGUUUGUGCCGGUUUUCGAGCUUGCCGUUUCGUGUAUGUACGCGGCUGUUCGUGUCGAUCGGUUGUUUUAUGUAGAGGGGAAGGCGGAG